AUGGCCCGUCUCGACGAUAAUUCCGCAACCUCCGACGUUGUCUAUACUGGCUUUUGGAUCGACUAUGAUGGCAGUGCUGUUGGCAAAUAUCGACUAACUUUGAAAACAAACCAGGCCCUCAUGCUCUUGGCUGCACUUACAGUUCUAGUCACCCUCUCUGCCGGUCGCAGCUGGAAACUGUGGUGUUCAGCAGUCCACUAUGUACUCCAGUAUCGCCAGGCCAAACCUUCUUCUCGCACAUCCUCUAUCCGACAACAACAGGUUGUUCUGCGAAAUUCAGAGACCGCAGGUGGUAGUCUCUUUGCUCUCUUGGGCCUUGCGAUGCAGAAGCGCGAUCCCGCCAAACGAGAAAAACUAGUUCUGAUCUCCUUAUCUCUUUUACACUGGGGUAUAUUUGUCGUUCUCGGAAUCCUGACGUCGCAGAUCGCCACUGGGAGGACUGUAAGGUCGAUAACGACGAAUCACUGCGGGAGCUGGUUGGCAAAGGCUAUUCCGCCACUGAAUGCGUCGUCGAUGGAACAACGGGAAGCGUCUGCUACGCUCAACGAGCUCGACCUGAACUCAACGUUAGAAGCCGAUGAUUAUGUCCGACGCUGCUACACCUCCAAAGUCGACGGUGCUGUCGGAUGCAACUUGUUAUUUAAACGGUUUCUCCCUCAUAAAAUCGAGAACAACAAAUGCAUAUUCUCCAAGGAUGUCUGCGCAGAGGCUGAUGGGAUUGCAGUGUCAUUCGACUCUGGGAAUAUCUCGUUCUCUGACCUUGGAUUGAACUCCGCUUUGUCAGAUCAGCUUUUCGUUCGCCGUCGGUCGAUCUGCUCACCCCUACCUGCAGAACCUUUCAUGUACACCAAUGAGCAGGCGAUCCAGUCACUGGGGCUGCUCAAGAGUGUCCUCGAUGAUCCAGAAGAGAUCCGGGCGUUUUCGCAUGUUAAAUUAGAGAAGCACACGAACUGGACCACCCAUUACCGCAACGCCCUUUCCCAGACGUACGAAGUCUACACCGAACUAGCGGGGGAUGCUAGCUUAGCAUCUCCGCUCCUGCAACCGGAGAGACCUUCCAUGCAAGUAUCAGUGAUCACGGUGAUGGGAGAGGCAGUUGUGUUCUAUGCACCCUUCUCUGACGCAUUCUUUAACUUCGAUCGUCGAAUAGACACGAUCGAUACCAGGGGGAACAAUUAUACAUAUUACAGAAUCGGACGGGCCAUAAACAGCGUCGCUUGCCAGGAAAUGGUAAUGUAUUGCAGCAAGUAUACAAACUUCUGCACGUCGUGGGAAGGUGUCUAUACGGUCAGCAAUUCGUAUCAUAUCUUGGCCGGCGAUCGCUCUUCAGACACUGUAAUUGAAACUGCGUUCGCCGCUGUUAAUCUGGCGAUGGUACAUUCGACCCUGUUCAAAUCGAUUAGCAACCGCGGAGCUUCUGCACUGCUCGCCACCCGCUUCCUCUCCAACUCAAACCAACUUCGUCUUGUCCCAGGGCAAUGGAAAGUCGAAGUGGAGCGCUGGUUCCAAGUGGCACUUGCACGGAUUCAGUUGGCAGUGCUAAGAUUCGUGAAGACUCCGGGACUGGAUAGGACGCGUGUCGACAACACCUGGGACUUGUUACCGGUGCUAAAGGGCGUGUGCUCGAUUAUUAAAUUCAACUCUGCCGACCACACCACUCUGAGCAGUCUUGGAGUUCUGAUAGUCGUGGCGUUCAGCGUGUUGCUCACCACGCUGAGUAUGUGGGACGUGAUUUUCACAUCACUAGUGUCUAAGAGAGUCCUCACUGCAUGGAAUAAGGACCAUGCCCUUGAGCUCCUUGCAGCUCUAAAUAAGGCGGACCACGCUCUAGGACGCAGGACAGACUUUGGAGCGUAA